GUGUGUGUGUGUGUGUGUGUGUGAGAGAUACCAACAGGGUCUAACCGACUGUUCGGUGAGCUGAUGACCUGGAAAGGAGGAGGUUGAUGCUACAGCCGUUCCUGAACUCGCCCACAGGGCACUAGACUGUACCUGCAGCAGCUUUCAACACAGCAUGUGUUUGUUGUAGACUAGGCUAUACUCACCACCCUGGUGUUGAGAAAAGAUUUGGUUAAAAGGGAUUUACAUUCGCUAUCCUCCUCUUCCUCACUGAUGAUUAUUGGGUAUCUCUUCCUCUCUCUCCUCAGUACUGCAAUAAUGUGAAGGAGCAGCGGAUGAAUGGCCUACUGCCUGAGCCUCUCCAGAUAUUUCCUCGAGCCGGCAAGACUCCAGGGAUCCGGAACAUACACAGCCUGAAGGUGAACACAAGGCCCAAUGACUGCUCCCCCGCCGCCAUCGGCUCUAUGCCCAACAAUAGUCCCAGUCUAAAGAAGUCCUCCGCAGAGCUAAAGAAGAUUUUGACUAAUGGACAGAUCAAUGGCCAAGACAUACAAUACCAGGAGCAGCUUGGCCAUGGAAACGGAGGGACCGUGUACAAAGCGUACCAUCUUCUGGGCAACAGAGUGUUGGCGGUGAAGGUCAUUCCUCUGGAUAUCACAGUGGAGCUACAGAAACAGAUCAUGUCCGAGUUGGAGAUCCUCUACAAGUGUGAUUCCUCCUACAUCAUAACCUUCUACAGUGCCUUCUUUGUGGAGAACAGGAUCUCCAUAUGCACAGAAUAUAUGGAUGGUGAGUGCUGA